AUGCGUCCAGAAGGGGGAAAGCUGACCAUAUAUGUGGAUUGUGUAUCCCCAUACUCCUUGUUUGGGUUUACCAACAUCAUCCGCUACCGGCCAUUCCUAAAUGCAUACGGUGUAUCUGUGGAAAUAAUACCUUUCUUCUUAGGCGCAGCUCGUGAUGGCGUUGGCAAUCCCUUCACUCCAACACCCAAGGCCAAAGAGGCCUUUGCAAAGCAAGACUCCGAAUUGACUGGGGAGUUACUCGGGCUGAAGGUCGUCCGACCGAAGGAAUUUCCUAUCUUGUCUCUUUUCCCGGUUCGUGUCGCGACAUGGGUCAAAGACCACUACCCGCCAGAGAAGUUUGAAGCGACGUUUCCAGCUUUCAGCACGGCGUAUUGGAGUAAAGGCAUCAACAUCGCGACACCGGAGGGAAUUAUCAAAGCGCUGGAAGGCAUCUUUCCCGAAGAGGAAAUCAAGGAAAUUAUGAAGAAGGCUGUGACUCCAGAGAACAAACAGAGGGUAAUUGACUUGACCAUGGGCGCCGGUGCAUUUGGAGCCCCGUGGAUUGUUGCCGUGAACUCGGAAGGGCAACGGAGAGCCUGGUUCGGGAAUGACCGGUGGGAUCAAGUCUUCUACCACCUCGCAGUCCCUUUUACGCCGGUGAGGAUCAUUCCACCUGAAGAAGCAAAGGCGAAGUUGUGA